UGAACUGAAGCGGUUGCAGAGAGACAGUUAGUGGGGAAGAAGCUGAAUGUGUGUGGGUGGCAAUAUAUAAGUAUUGGCGAAGCAUUUUUACGGAGGCAUAAAGACUAAAAAUGAGUGUGGAAGAAGAAGUUUUGAGAAUUCAAAAGACACUUAAUAAAAUGACUUCUGGAGAUGGCACUGGUCAGGAGCAAGCUUUAGACUUACUAAAAGUCUUACAGAAAUUGCCAGUGAACUUAGAGGUUUUGACAAAGACAAGGAUUGGUAUGACUGUUAAUGCCCUCCGAAAGUCUAGUACAGAUGAGGAAGUGAUAAGUCUUUCAAAGACUUUGAUAAAAAACUGGAAGAAGUUUCUUUCAGGAUCCAGUACACCAAACAGUAAAGAUUCGGGAAACAGUUCCAAAAAGACAAAAGAGAAAGAUGAGAAACCUAAGGAGACUGAAAACAAGGAAAAAGAAAAGGAGAAGAAGCCUGUUCCAACGACAUUCCCUCCUGUGUCUUCAAAUACAACUGAUGCAGUUCGUCUAAAGUGUCGGGAAUUGCUCGCUGUGGCAAUUAGAGGGGAUGGUGAAAUACCUGAGGGAUGUGCAACUCCAGAAGAACUGGCCGAGGAACUAGAAGAAGCAGUCUUUCACGAGUUUCGCAACACUGAUAUGCGAUAUAAAAACAGGAUACGUAGCAGAGUUGCAAAUCUAAAAGAUGUAAAAAAUCCUGGCCUCAGGAUGAAUUUCCUUGUGGGGGUCAUAUCUGCCAAUAAAUUAGCUGUAAUGACAGCAGAGGAAAUGGCAAGUGAUGAGAUGAAGAGCUUAAGGAACAAGUUCUUGAAGGAGUCUAUCAAUGAUGCCCAGCUGGCUACCGUCCAGGGAACAAAGACAGACUUGUUGAAAUGUGGCAAGUGCAAGAAGAGGAAUUGUACAUAUAACCAGGUUCAGACAAGGAGUGCUGAUGAACCUAUGACAACAUUUGUGAUGUGUAAUGAAUGUGGAAACAGGUGGAAAUUUUGUUAAAAGAUCUCUCACAGUAAAACUACUUGAAAUGUUCGCAUGUUAAUUGCCCACGAAUGUUAGAGACCUAUAACUUGAAGCUAAAAUGUGUGUUCAUUAUCCUUCAGCAUGUUAAUGUCUCCAUUUUAUUGCUUACAUGAUAAGACUUAAACAGUGUAAGAUGAUUGUACAAAUUUAACUUCAUUUGGGGUUGUGUGGUGCUAGAUUCACAUGACACGUUCAUGAUACUGAUCAAAACUGUCCAGAAUCAAUAUAAAUUAUAAACAAAUAUUCCACCAGUGAUUGAUAUUCACUUGUCAUCAGGUCGUACAUCUGUUGCAUAAAUGUUUCACAGUGGUGUGUAAGCUAUCGGAAGCAUUCUAUAAACUUGUAAUUGUAUAAAAAAGAAUUCCAAAUAUGAUACAUGUUUGCAGCAUCAGGUUGCUUUUUGUUUUCAUAAGUCGUCGUAUAAGUAAUGCAGUGGUGAGAUUGGGUAGCUUCAUAAACAAUUCUGCACUCGUUUAAAUGUAAUCAAGAAUGUGAUUCUUGUAGACCAAGACACUUUAGGGUUAAUGAAUACUGAUGACAUGCAGUAAGACAGGUUUACUGUACACUUUCCCAUUUAUUAUUUGCUUUUCCGAUUUUUUGUUUUGUUUUUGAUGUUUGGUGGUAACUUAAUAAUCUUCCAUUUCAUUCCUCCACCCUCCUCCCGCUCUCCCACCCUUCCUCGCUUGCUCCCUCCCUCCCUCCCCAUUCAGCAUUUUUCUUCUUGAAGAGUAAAAGUAAAAUUCUGGGAAUUUUUGCUUCUACUUUUCCUUUCAAACAGUUGUUCUCAUUUCUGUAGCUGGUAUUUCUAUACCAGGUAGAGCUUUGUCUAUAAUCUUUUGUGUGUGUUUUGAGUGAAUAUUAAUGUUAUAAAGUCAUUACAUUUAUUGUAGUAACAAUAAAUUAAGAUAAAUCUGUUGAAAUUUGAGAUCCUUGGAGGUCUUGGUGCUACAGUAGGCGUGCACCAGUUUGUGGUCUUGGAUACAUUUUGAUCAGAAAUCAUGCUUUUGAUGUAAAUACAAAUGUUGCUUUUUUGUGUACUCAUUGAUGACAAUUAUGUUUUAAUAAAAUUUUUUACAUA